AUGAGUUUAAUUUUUCGACCGAGAACAUAUCACCGGCUUUUUCGCAAUCCAUUAACAAUAGUAUCAUUUAAAAGAGCUUCACAUACCGUCCCAAAAGAAGACAACAAUUUAGAUUUAUUGAAUUCCUAUAAUCAAGAUAUAAAAGCUGGUGGUGUUGUACCAGUAUUUCGGAGAGCAUUAUUGUUUCCAUCAAGGGUAGCAGUACAAGAUGACCAAGGGACAUUCACAUAUGCUGGCCUUUAUCACGCAGCUAACGACCUCAGCAGAGAUAUUGCUGCACAACUUUUGGGUGAAACGGAAAGGACAAUUGCAUACAUGUGCGGGAACAAUGCUCAACACAUCAUAACUCAAUGGGCUAUUUGGAUGACUGGAAAUAUUGCUGUCCCUCUCACACCAAUUCACCCACCUGAGAUGUUAAAGUAUUUUGUAACUGAUAGCCAGACGAGUCUCGUUAUUUGUACUAAAGACCAUGAAAGCCUGCUCCGUCCCAUCACCUCGGAACUAUCCAAGGCACUGCUAGUGUCCAAUAGAGAUAAGGAUGAAGAUGAAAUACCAGACCACUGGAAACCGGAGACAGGUCUUGGGGAGUCUGGACCUUCCAACUUAUGGUACGGUGGGAAGGAUGCCAUGUUGAUUUACACUAGUGGUACAACAAGUAAGCCCAAAGGCGUAGUAUGGACGCACAGCAUGCUGGCAACCCAGAUAUCCGCUCUGCACUCAGCGUGGCAGUACUCAGCCCACGACGUGGUCUUGCACACUUUGCCUCUCCACCACAUUCAUGGGCAGUUGAAUUCGCUUAAUGCAUCCUUGGCUGCGGGUGCUAGGGUCCGAAUGUUAGCAUCCUUCCCGUCGCACGCGGUGUGGGCGCGCCUCCUCGGUUCGGGCAACGAAGAGGCCCGGAUCUCCGUCUUCCACGGAGUGCCCGCUAUGUACUCGCGCCUAGCGGCAGACCACGCGACCAUGUUCACCGAUAACAAGACUAAGGAGUACGUGCGGAGUACUCUUAGCAAGAUGAGGCUCAUGUGCGCCGGUUCAGCGCCGCUGCCCGAGACGCUGUUCAAUAAAUGGGAGGAGAUAUCAGGGGUUCGUCUACUAGAGAGAUAUGGUAUGUCAGAAGUGGGUAUGGCCCUAAGCAAUCCAUACAGACCUGUGGAAAAUAGAAAAGUGGGCUGUGUGGGUGGGCCCUUACCUGGGGUAGCCGCUUGCAUUAUGGUCUCCGAUGAAAAUAAAGGCUACGAGCCGUUAGUCAGCGUGGAGAGCGAUAUGCCUGACUUGCAGAUAUCGCUAGAUCGGCUUGGAUUUACGAAGAAUCUUGUAGAGGACAAUGACUGGACAGACGCUAAAGUGACAGAGUAUAAAGAAAGCAGUGAUGGCGUAUACGAAGGCGAACUAUUUCUCAAAGGCCCCAAUGUGUUUACCAGAUAUUGGAAUAGAGCCCCAAGUAUCGACAACCCAGAUUUUACACGCGACGAAUGGUUCCGUACAGGCGACAUAGCGUCCUUCAGUAACGGUACCUUUAGAAUCCUAGGUAGAUCUUCCGUAGAUAUAAUCAAAACUGGGGGGUACAAAGUAAGCGCGUUACAAGUUGAAUCCGCCAUUUUGGAACAUCCUAACGUAGCUGACGCAGCAGUUUUGGGCAUCGAUGAUGAUAGUUACGGAGAAAUAGUGUCAGCUGUAAUAGUUUUGAAGGAAAAUACGAAGUUGUCGUUACGAGAGCUAAAGGAUGAGGCAGGGAAGAAGUUAGCCCCGUAUCAACUGCCGAAAACUAUGCUGAUAGUGGAGAAGAUGCCAAGAAAUGUAAUGGGGAAACUUGAUAAGAAGGAAAUCAGGAGGUUAUUCGGUAAGGACCUGGUUUUUAAGAAGUCUUAG